UUGGUUAGUGAGCCGCCUUCCUAGAUAGGCGUCAUGAUGAUUAUUUUAUCCAGCGCGGCAUUACUGACGUCGUCCGGCCUUUAAUUCAUGUUAAUGCGCCUACGAAGAGACAAUCUGCGUAGCUAGCUGGCAUCAUUAUUCGGGUUGCUGAUGCGUACCUUUACGCAAACUACGUGAGCGGACUCUCUAGGCGAAAGAGUACACAAAACGCCUAAUACAAUCUACAAUGUCUCGUCAAGCCCUCCGCGGCCAGCACCAUAUCCUGCGAGCCCUCUCUCAAUGGCCCAAGGAUACCAUUCGUCCCGAAAUACAAUUCCAGACUGUCCUACAAAAGCGCUUCGACCAACCCAAGCUAGCGCUCUCUGAGGAGGAGCAGUUGAGGCAAGCGAAUGCCCUCUACUCGCUCCUCGACAACAGGUAUAAAAAGAAGUAUCCCAUUACCGGCUCGUUACUUCAACCCAAGAGCAACCCAACGUAUUUUACCGAUCUGCUGAAGGAGCUCGAAGAAGCGCCAACCCGGUCAUACUUCGAGAGACUUUUGCUGAGGGUGAAGGGGCUUGUACGGUUACAGUAAUGAUCAAAACUAAAGACUUGAACUGGAUAACGACUUUGUGUAUGAUAUCUGUAUGAAAUGACAUAUGGCGCAAUAUUUUGGAAGAGGGAAUUAUCGGAGAAUGACCGGCUGUUACUAUUACUCUAGACAGCGCUACCAAGGCGACAAAAUGGGAAAUGGAAGAACUAGAUACCCGUAAUCUCCAGCUCUUGUAUGAAUUCGAAACACAAUCUCCCGAUCCACUUAUAGUAUAGUUGGAC